CCCCCACGCGACAAUCAUCAAAUUAAGCUUCACUACUCGGAAUUGUUCAUGUGAAGGCUACAAAACAUUCCAAUGAGCGAUCUAAUUGAUGACAAGAAGCCGAGCAUAUACUAAGGUAGGAUACCACUUGCAUAACAAAAACGCGUGGUGUGCAUGAUUGGACACAAUCGCUGAAUGGACAUUAUUUUAACCAAGCAUGCUUCUUCUCUCAUGGAAGCCUUUUUUCGGUAUUCGUGGUAUCUCACUUCUUCGCUCACAUCUUUCACAGAGAAACGGCCUUCAGAUUUUUUUGCGCCAAAUGCCAUAGUACUUGCCCUCGGAGCUACCAGCCAUCUGCUCUCGGCAGUACCUUCAAUAGAUGCAAGCAAGCCAGUAAACACCAUCCCAAUGAGACCAUGAACUCAGCCACCACUUUACUCCUUUGUCUUCUGGGUACCACGGAGGAGACCCGUCCUUCUGGCGGCAAUGAGACCGGCCUUUUGACCCUGGGCGGCGUAUCGGGAGAUGGUAGAAGCCUUACCAAUAUGUUGAUGGUUACCCUGUGUCCAUUGUCAGCUCUUCCGUUUUCAUCACAUAAAUUCUGAGGAUACGUACACCACCGUGAGGAUGGUCGACGGGGUUCAUAGCAACACCACGAGUCUUGGGCCAGCUGUUGCGCUUGACGGCGAACUUGUGCUUGGCACGGGAAGCCUCUGCGGGAAAUUUCGGCCACCGCCAGCGACGAUACCGAUCAUUCCUCGAGAGCCGGAGUGGACGACCUUCUUAGCACCGGAGGGAAGCUUGAUGCGAGUCUUGCCCUCAUCAGGGUUGUGGCCGACAAUGGUGAUGUAGUUGCCGGAAGUGCGGCCGAGAGUGCCACGGUCACCAAUCUUCUCCUCGACGUUGGAGACGACGGUACCCUCAGGCAUCUCGCCGAGGGGGAGGACGUUGCCAACAGUGAGAGCAGCCUUCUUUCCGGCGUAGAUGAACUGGCCAGUGUACAUGCCCUCAUUGGCGAUGAAGGUCUCGGUGACCUGCUUGAAUCGGUAGGGAUGGCGGAAGACGACCUUGGCGAGAGGGGCACCACGACCUGCACAGACAAUCAUCGUUAGUUGUCGUUCCUCCAUCACAAACAAAUUGUGCAAUUUCCGUAAAAAAAAAUAUCGGGGAGCUCAUCGUUCGGGGAACUUGCCAGCAUCGUGGACAAUCUCUCGGACUACACCUCGAAGGUAGCCAUGGCGCUCGGCAUAGUCGAGGUUGCGGAACUUGGCAGGAGCCUUGUUCAGGCGUGUGUUGGCCGCUAACAGGCGUCAGUAUCUUGAUGUUUUUCGAUAUCGUGGAGUAGGCUCGUUCGGUACUGACUGAAGAUGGAUCCACGACCCUUACGCUGAUUGCGAAUAACUCUACCCAUGGCGGCUCUUCUUCACGGUGUGAAAAGGAAAGGGGUAGUCUGUGAAGCUGCGGGUUAGUAUGGAAGAUCGUGGGCGAGGAAGAAAGGAAGGGGAGGGGAUAUUUACCUGGCGAUGGCCGCUUGGUGUGUUGUUGGAAACGCUCGCGCUACUAAUUUUGUGCGUCGUUCUUUCUCAGUUUACGGUGGAUCUAGUCACGUGAUAGGGCUCGAUCGCUCCUUCCAAUUUUCGGUUCCAAUCCAAAUGUGGAGUCUUCCCUGUUUAAUAGAACGGGCAUACCUUACCUUACCUCAGUGUACCUAGGUACCUACUCACCUAUCCGUACCUCCCGCCAGCCCCAUAAAUUAUCCAGUGUCUGUCAUUGGAUGUUAGCGCGACGCGUGCUUAACCAAUCGACCUUUCGCCUCUCGACAUCGCUCAAACUGAGCUGAGGUCAUCAUCACCAGCGAUCAUCACCACGACAGCGCAAUCAUGACCUGGUGCAUACUUGAUUCCCAGCAAUAUCUCGUCUGCUCAAGGGUGCUAGAUUACAGCACGUCGUGCCAUCACGUAUACUUUUUCGUCGGUAUCGUUGAUGCUGUUCUGAAUAGCCUGUUAUCAAUCUUGCGUUUCCUGUCGUUUGCGUAUAUACCACGCGUGGGCUUUUAUGUUGCGCUGCGGGAUGCUAAGCGGGGCGAUACACUUUGAUGUUGAGGUGAUUGAAGUCGACCAAGCGGUUGAUCCAUGGUGAGCGACAAGGGGAGGACGGGGCGUUCAAAGUGGAUGCCCUCUGUGUUACGUCUUUGGACAUCGCGACGACUUCUGCGAUAUGUUUCUAGUGGGACAUGCUCACUCUUGGCCUGUUCUGACGGACAGCCCUUCGUCCCUGAGACAGACCUCGAGUGUGGCGGGAAAUUGCGCUAUCUAAUGCUACAUGGCGGUGAGAGCAGAUGCUGAUUCUCGAUAUUCGGUUUUCUCACUCACGACUAUGCGACUCAUUCUUGAAAUAUGGCUCCUGCGACCAAUGCCAGAAAAGUUUUUGGCAACGUUUCAACUGCUCGAGGAGAAAGAACAUCGGGGUUGAUUGGGUACCGAGGUUCGGCCAGGGUGCUUAUUUGAAGAUCAUACGGGCAAACUUGGCCAAGAUGACGAAGAAGCGAAAGACUCUCCAGUUCGUCUUGGCCCCAACACGAGAGUCAAUCUACUUGUGCGGAAACAAAACCGCAAAGAGAAGGGAUGAGAGUUGUGUACUGGGGGUAUACUACCAAACACCACAUUUGUUGGAAUAAUCUCAUCAUAACAUUGGAAAGGAGAUCUUGUUCCAGACCGUGCCGCCCCAGAAGCUUCGUAUGGGGAGGGCGCAAGAGGCGGUCACUGUCAUGAGGGUGCAAUAGCUUGGGUUGCAAAGAGCCCUCGGCCGGGGGAACAACAAAGGAUGUUUUUUACGUUGUUUCUAUUGCGAGCUUGAUUGUUUAGAUAGUCAAUUGAUAUUUGUCUAGCCUAUCAGGACUCACCAGCCUAAUCUGCGGCUCUUCGACCAGGCUAGUGUGUGCUUGUUCUGUGUCAGAGCCCAAGUUACGUCGUUCCUCUUUCUCCCCACACUCAUCUCCAUCUCCAUGUCAACCUCACAUCAACAAACCACACAAAAAAUGUCGGCCGAAGACGACUCCUCCGACCUCUCUUCGCUCUCUUCGCUGUCACCCGCACCUUCUGAUAUUGAGCUGGACGAGCCAGCCCAAGAGCCCGUCGCCAAGCCCAAAAAGGGUAUCCAGAAAUACUUCUCCAAGGCUACAGACAAACCAGCCAAGGAGGCUUCGCCGCCACCACGAAAACGCUCACCAUCGCCCCCUCAUGAAUAUGUAUUGGCAGAUAAUCCAGAUAUCGCAUUCAUCGUGAUGUUCAGAAGUCGAUUCAAUGACGCAUUUCCUAAAUCGCUUGCCCAUUUUGGCCCACAAGAACUCGAACGUGACAUUGUCGAACCCAUUCCUGGCGAUCGAGCAGAACAUUUCCUUUGCGCGUUGCUGGGGUUACUAUUGAAUCGCAAACAAGAUGUCAAGUAUGGUAGGACCCUAUGCUGCAAGAAAUAAUGCGCUAAUCAAGAAUUAGGCCAGGACAUUACGGCCGCGCUUUGGAGGAUGCUGUCAGUACUCACAAGAACCAAUGGGCACCUGCUUGGGAGGACAAGAGCCCUUUGUCUGGCGGCGCGACGUUCGCCUCGAUGAACCCUACGCAACGACUUACACUCCUGCGAUAUCUAAUCUUAUGGACUCUUUCGUCCUCCGACGCCGUCAAAGGACUUAUCAACCAAUCAUACAAGCAAAACCGCCACGAAGAUGAUACGAAUCAGCCUAGAUCGGUACAGCCUUGGGGAUCAGAUGGAGACAAGCGCCGCUAUUUUCUGAUUGAAGGACAAGACGACACUGCUUUCCGCGUUUAUAGAGAGAGCAACCCUGCUGGGUCCAACAGAACAUGGUGGAGCGUUGCGGGUACUAUCGAAGAGCUCAAGACUCUUGCUGAGAAACUCCAGGUUAAGGAUGGCGGACCAAAGGCUACCAAGCUAGCUCAGAAAAUGUUCUCUGCGGUUCCCCGAUUCGAAGCUGGCGAAGAUAAACGGAGGCGCCGUGAUUACCGCCAGGCGCGCAAGGAACAGUUCAAGAGACCGGAGCCUGGGUUUUCUCUUUAUGAGGGUCGAACCCGGGGCAAAAAGAUGAAGUAUACAUACUCGGAUGAUGAAGACAUCUUCACUACCGACUCGACAACUCGACGAUCUACUCGCAACACUGGAACUCACACACCCGUAGAGACUGGCCCUGUCACUACUGCUAGCGGCCGGCAGAUCAAGGCACCAACGCGGCUGAACCCCACAACUGGAAGCAGUGCGCCAGGCAGUGUACAGGGAGACACGUCCGAAGUUGAUAGAGAGCAAUCCAUUGGUCCAACAGGACGGCCUCGCCGAUCGGCAGCAGUGAACCACGGCACAAGCGGCUGGGCCGAGAACAACAAGGGGCCCCGGCACAACGCCUCUGAUGAUUCUGACGAUGAGAGCGAAGCCGAUUUCGGGGAUGACGAGGAAGAUGUAGAUGAGCAUGUGCCUGAGGAAUCAGAAGACGAAGACGACUUCGACGAGGAUGAAGCUAUGAUGGACGAUGACCUGGAAGAGAAAAAUCGAAGUCUGGUUGUAAAGCUUUCAGUAACACCACCAAAGUUGCGGAACGUCCUGGGACCCAACUCGCAAGCCGGAAACAAACUACCAACACCAAGCUCUGAUAAGGGAGGCGAGGAGCAUCGACUGGGAGAAUCGCCUCUUAUUGAGAUGCAAGACGCCCCGGAAGCUACAUCUAGCAAGAAAGCACAGGCUGCAGCCCAGCAAUCUCCCACUCUAAACGCCAACUUUGCUGAACGCAACAACACAAGCCCAGCAGCCCUACACGCGACGUCUCUGGCUUUUAGAGGGAGCCCAGAAAAGACGCAUGCGCAACCUGCUCCCCGGCCUCUCGAUGUUGAGGCAAAUCAUGAGUAGGGGCUGGUCAUUUGACACUACGUUUUUGUUGGAGUUGGGGAGCCAAGAGUUUAUAUGGCAAAAGGCCAGUGACGCAAAAGGUUAUCGACAUGGCGGAAUGGAAAUACAACAUUAGAAGAAGCACGGUAUUGAUGGCAUCGAACUUGCGUGCCCAUAAAUAGGGUUCUUAGAAGGUUUAAAGUGAAGCCCAACGGACAACAGUAUCUUGAUCCAGUAAGGGUUUGAGAUGGGCAAGUAUGUCAGCACAGCGAGACAUAUUAGUUAUUAUACCAAUGUCAAGCUAUAUACGACCGUAUUGCUAUCUGAUUCUUUCAUGAAGGCAGAUGUCACUGAGAGUGGUGCAUUCAGGAACGCUGAAACAGGCGAUGUGUGGCAUAGUUAAUGGUCAAGGAACAGACUCUCAGAACCGGCAGUUGGUAGCUAUGAAGAG